GUGGAGAGUGCAGCUUAAGUCAUUUACGCACAAUUUCUUCUGUUUGAGAGGGAGGAAAGACUGCAGUGUCCCCUCAGCAUUCGAAAAAGUAAAUCUGUCCACUGCUGGUUUGGGGUUUAAGAAAAUCCAUUUCCCAGACCGGGCUUGUGAUGCUCAAGAGUUCCAAAAUCAGUUGACAAAAAGCUUUCCAAAGCUUCAGGAAGGAGGGGGCUUUGAGCUGUUGCGAACUAGCGGAAUGACACGGUCCAAAACGCUGGAGAUAAUUCCAUGUCCAGAGAGUGGAUACACACCCUUGUAUCUCACCACAGAGGCAGGGGUUGGUUCUUCAAUCCUUUAUGUGAGACCACUUCAAGCCAAUCUUAGCAUGGAAAGAAUAUCUACUCCUACAUCGUCAGGUGGUCCAACCAUACAGUGCCUGUACUGCAAGCAAUUCAUGAGACAGGCAUCCAUCCCUACACAUGUUGAUGUUUGUUCAAGACAUAAUUCAGACGGUAGGACAGGCAGGCAUGGAAACAACAGACGAAGGGAGCAUAUAGAAGCUGAAAGGACUCAAGAUGGUAUUGGAAGGCACCAGGAAAGAGAGGGCAGACAACAGGAAAGAGAGGGCAGACAACAGGAAAGAGAGGGCAGACAACAGGAAAGAGAAGACAGACAACAGGAAAGAGAAGACAGACAACAGGAAAGAGAGGACGGACAACAAAAGGAGACAGAAGAUGGGAACACCACUCCAGGGGAAAUGGGAAAUAUCCAAAGGAUUCACUAUCGGAACAGUACAGACAAUGAACAUAGAGACUUGAGGCAGAGACAAAGUGGUAGUUGCACUAGUGAAGAGUGGAAAACUGAGCCAGAUAUUACGAAAGCAGUUGACAUUUACAGACAUCAACUGUUGAAAGCUGCUGAGUCUGAGGAGGAUCUGACAAUCAAACUGAACAUGGGACAUAGUCCAGAGGACCGGGAGAGGGCUAUUCUGCAGUUUUACAAAGCCCCCAACAUAAACUGGGCCCGAAACCUUACUGUGGUUUUACAAGGUGAUGCUGCAUUGGGAGAUGGCGUCAAAAGAUUCUUUUUUUCACGAACAAUAUCAAAACUACAGUUUGGUUUUGAACUGAACAUAGAAGGUCCUGGGAAAACCCUUUUUUUUUCUUGGAGAGGAAGAUCACCAGGUGCCAUCGACAUCUAAAAUUCUUCUAGACAGUGGACUCUAUGUGGUUGCUGGACGAAUGAUAGGACACUCAAUCCUGCAUGGCGGCCCAGGAUUGAGUAGUUUGAGUCCUGCAGUUUUUAGCUCUCUGAUUGGCCAAGAUGAAGAGCAUGUAUGCCUACAAGAUUGUCCAGACACGGACCUCCGAGAAAUAAUUCAAGAGCUUGAUGGAGAUGAUGACCUUAGCCAGAGCCAGACGUCAAAAAUGAAUGAUCUCUGCCUUAGCUGGGACUUGCCGUUUUUUAACACUGAGAAUCGAAGGUGGCUUGCAGAGAAAGUGCUGGUGCAUGCGGUCCUUGGCCGUAGAAGAGAGCAACUCAGACAACUCAGAAGAGGCUUGAAAGACAGUGGACUGAUGCCUUUACUAAAGGAAAGGCCUGAUGCUCUGAAUAUCAUUUUCCCUCAAGCAUCCAAGAUUUUUGUUACCCCAGAGAUGAUUCUUGAUCGUAUUGUAUGGCCAUCAGACUCUGACACUGAAUCUGAUGACGGGCUUGACAUUUCUACAAAGUGCAGUGUCACAGCCUAUUUGCGGGAGUACAUUGAGUCAGGUACAUCGGAUGAACUUCUGGAGCUCCUCAAAUUCUGGGUUGGGUGGGCUGUUUUACCCCAGCACCUUUAUGUGAAAGUUAAGAAGGUGUCCAUGCCCACUGCAGUUACCUGUUUUGAAACCCUCAAAAUUCCAGGACACUACUUGUCUUAUCGGGAAUUUAAGAUGGAUCUUGCAGCUGCAGUGUCCACCACCGACAGUGGAUUUGGUCUUGUUUAGUAUAGCUUUUGUGCAGUUUUUUUGCACUCAGAGUACACCUUGUACACAACUUUUUGUUUGUUGUUUUUCAAAUUAGUUCUCCACAUACCAAUGGAAACUUAGAAUUUUGAAGGUGAUCACUACAGAUACUGGUUAUUUACUGUUUUUCUUCUCCAAUUAAGGGUACCAAGAUUUUUUCCUGCUUUUGUUGGAGUAACUGUCUCUGAUGUUCACAGAAGGCUUUUUUUGGACCACCAUCACCUCUUUACCAAACCAAAAGAAUAAAUGCUUAACCAAAUAAUAAAUUAUUGACGAAUUGAAGAGGUGUUCUACUUCAUUUUAAAACACUGCUCUGAGGACUGGAUUUCAUCCAGCAACGAGAGCAUUAGAGUGAGGUUGUUACCACUCCACCUUAUCCUCAACACUGCUCUACAGCUCAAUGUUGGAGCCCGCCUCAGGCAUUAAGAAAGGUGCCAAUAGAUUGUCUGUCUGCUACAGAGGGUUGUACGUCUAGACAAGC